AUGCUACAACCAUGGGCAGUCGGAUCAAUGUCAAGUGUCAAAGGGGCUCAGUUAUAUCAGCCGGUGCUCAAGGCUGACCACGAGUUUCUCGUACAACAUAACAUUGAUUAUCAGCCGGUACUGUAUCCCGGUUUUGCCUGGAGCAAUUGGCACAACACAACCCGUAACGCCCAGCCCCGAUUGCAUGGUGAUUUUAUGUGGCAACAGUUUGUCAAUCUUAGACAACUGGCCAUACCCAGUGCCUAUGUAGCCAUGUUUGACGAGUACGAUGAGGGUACGGCCAUUGCCAAAGCGGCCGAAACCAUAGAGGACAUACCCAGUGACCAGUACUUUCUGACACUGGAUGCCGACGGUGUCCGAGUGUCUGACGAUUUUUAUCUACGACUUGUCGGUGAUGGCAAUCGUAUGAUCAGCGGACAGAUACCCUUCGUUGUUUUUCUUUUCAAUAAAAUCGGUGGUAAAUAUCUUCUCGAAAAUCUCUGAUUGUGAACUGAGAAGUAAUUUUGAAGCAAAAAACUCUGACUUCUGAUCUUCUUUGCCGACAAUCAGUCGACAAUCGGUCAACUCUUUGACAACAAACAAUUGUCUGAAACGAUAUCGAUUUGUGUCAAACAUUUCGUGGACAUUGUAUUUCUUGUGAAUCACUGUUAUAUCAAAACCAACGGUAAGUACGUUGCCAUCAAAUAGCCGGUUCCUAUUGUCGUACAACUGUUGUAUUGUGACAACUAAUGGUAUACUAUUUCGGAAAUUCAUGUGAAAUAGAUAUCUAUUUUCUUUUGUCGCAAACAAUUGAUUGUUGUUGUCAAUGA